AUGGAAGAAACGUUAGUCCUUGUAGUAGGGGCAGGACCGGCAGGACUUGGCAUUGCUGCAUGCUUAACCAAAAAAUCUAUCCCAUACAUUCUUCUUGAAAAAGAAGAUUGUUGUGCUUCUCUUUGGAAGAAACGUGCAUAUAAUCGAUGCCACCUUCAUUUAGCAAAAGAAUUUUGCUCAUUACCCUUUAAGCCUCAUGCACCACAAGCUAAUAAAUACAUGAGCAAGGAUGAUUUCAUAGAAUACAUUGAUGAUUAUAUUUUAGAUUUCGAUAUUAGACCACGUUACUAUCACUCAGUUGAAUCUGCAUCAUUUGAUGAAGCUACGGGCAAGUGGCUAGUUGAAGCCAGGGAUAUCUUAGUAAAGGCGACUAAAGUCUUUGUCGCUAGUUUUCUAGUUGUUGCAACAGGUGAAAAUGGCAAGAGUUACAUACCUGAUAUCCCUGGAUUGAAAUAUUUUAAGGGAGAUGUCAUGCAUUCUAGUGAAUAUAAGAGUGGUCGUGAGUUUCAGGGUAAGGAUGUUUUGGUCGUUGGAUGUGGUAAUUCUGGGAUGGAAAUAAGUUAUGAUUUAUGUAAUUUAGGAGCCAAUACUUCAAUUGUUGUUAGAAAUCCGGUUCAUGUAGUUGCAAGAGAAAUGAUCUUUGUUGGCAUGCAUUUGCUAAAAUACAUCCCCCUAUCAAUGGUGGAUGCUAUAGUCACUUUUGCUAGCAAGUUGAAGUAUGGAAACUUGUCCAAGUAUGGAAUUCAUCGACCAAAUGAAGGUCCCUUUUUUCUAAAGGCAACCAAAGGAAGGAGCCCAGUUCUUGAUGUGGGAACUAUUGCCAAAAUUCAAUCCGCUGACAUUAAGGUUUUACCGGGAAUUUCGAGGAUUAAUAAGACCAAAGUUAUAUUUGAAGAUGAUGUUGAAUUAGCCUUUGACGCAAUAAUAUUUGCAACUGGAUUUAAAAGCACAGCAUGUGAUUGGUUAAAGGAUUAUGAUUAUAUACUAAAAAAUGAUGGAUUUCCAAAGAAUCGUUUCCCCAAUCAUUGGAAAGGAAAGAAUAAGUUGUAUUGUGCUGGAUUAUCAAGAAUGGGAAUACAAGGUGCAUCAAAGGAUGCCAUAGCGAUUACCAAUGAUAUUGAGAUGGUUGUGAGAGCUAUGAUUGCCUCCUAA